AACUUUCAAGAAGUAUUCCGAACGCCUUCCAACAAUUUUCUAUACGUGGACCCGCGGAGCAGUUCAGUCACAAAUAAUAAAUUAAGUUAGUUUAUUUAGUCACAAACUUUUAAUCAGACAGCAAGAUGGUAAUGAAAUACGUGAUCUGUUUGUCCGCCCUCGCGGCUGUAGCCUUCGCACAAGGCUGCACAAACCCUCAAGUAGAAGCUUCAUCUUUCACCAGUUUAGAUGCCACAGUAGUCUCGCAAAUCGCGUAUAUUACUGAAUUUACGCUGAAAUGUGACAAUCCUUUACCUGAGAACUACGCUCUGUACGCAGAAGUUGAAGGAAAACCCUUGACUGCAGCCCGUAUCGGAGAUAACAAAUACCAGGUAUCCUGGACCGAGGAGCCUGCGAAGGCCCGCUCCGGUACCCACGAGAUCCGCGUUCUGGACGAGGAGGGCUGGGCCUCCCUCCGCCGCGCCCGCCGCGCUGACCCCGCCGCCACCGUCGCCCCUCUCAUCGCUAUCCAGUUAAACCACCCCGGCAGCUACUCCGGUCCCUGGGUGAACAGUGAGAUCCUGGCGACCGCCCUCUCCAUCCUCGUCGCCUACACCGCGCUACGCAACAAGAGCAACAUCCUAGCCUAGAUCUUAGUUUAACUGUUUAUUUUUAUAUUUAAAUAAAGAAAGUUAAGUUAUUUUCA